AUGCGAACGAUGUCCUCCGCGAAUCUCGAUCAGCAGCAACUCAACCAUGAGAGGAAGCAGUGUGGACCUCCCGCUCCCGCUUCCCGUUCAAGCGUCUCCGCGUGGCGAGCGACCAAGAUCUCGCUCUUGGCGCUGAUCCUCGCACCGAUCGUAGCAAACUUUGCGUGGCUUCGCAGUGCGUUCGGUCCAGGAUCACGACUGCCUGACUUUUGGGUUCGACCAUCCUCAUCUGUGAAGGCAAACGAUGAUGCUGAAUGCUGGAACGUUCGCGGAGGCGCAGAGUUCCGCUUCUGCGAAGAUAUCGAGCACAUCCCUGGAUCCGACGGAACAGUCUUGAUCAGCUGUGAUACCAAUCGCGCAGGAUGGAAUACCGUCAUGGGACCUCUCAAGACACCCGAGCCUCGCGGUCGACUGUUCACAUACGACUAUCCUACCUCGAGUCGUUCGGGGAGGGAGGUAGUUGCGGUACCUGUGGAGCUGAUCGACUUCCCGGCGGAGAGGACGUUUCACCCGCUCGGGGUAUCUAUCCUCCCUGCUCGGGAUGGAGAAGGUGAUCGGCAGCUUUUCGUCAUCAACCACGGUCGAGAGCAAUCCAGCGUCGAGGUCUUCCAUCUCGCUCCUCCGACGAGCUCGGAAAGCAUAGGAUGGACAGCUCGUUGGAUCCGCAGCGUCAUUCAUCCUCUUGCCACGCACACGCCCAAUUCGAUCCAUGCGCUGAGCGAUACGAGCUUCAUCGUCACGAACGAUCACCUCUUCGCCCGGAGACCUCCUCCCCUCACCACCCAUCUCAUCCCGCUCUUACGCCAUCGGCUCGGUUGGAAGGAGCCCAUCGUUGCCCAGCUGGCGAAAGUCCUCCGUCAUCGAGGUGUAGCGGCAGGGCUGGCGCAAGUGGAAACCCUCCUCGGACUUUCAUUGGGUUGGGUCAGCCAUGUCGACUUCACCGCUGGUAAGGUGGAUGCGAAGGUUGUUGCUACGGGUAUCCCAUUUGCGAAUGGAAUCGCAGUCACUCCGGAUAGCAAGACCAUGGUGGUUGCAGCUACGACGUUCCCCGGCGUGUGGAUGUACGACCUUCCCCGCGACCUCGCUUCGAUGAUAGGUGGGUUGAGCCCGCAUACGAGACUUCACCUCCCCUUUCGCGUAGACAACCUAGCCUGGUCUCACCAUAACAACCCCGUGUUGCUAGCUACAGGUCAUCCGUCACCCUUCUCGUUGAUCGCUAUGUCUCGUUCCCCGCUCACCCGUACCGCCCCUAGCUGGGUCGUUGCCAUUACCCCCUCCUCCACCCACCGCCCCUUCAACGACGACGCUCCACUUUCAGCCACCGACUUCGCCCUCUCUUCCAACACCAGCUUCUCCAUCCGCAGCCUCCUCCAAACCCAAGGCAAACCCGUCAAACACCGCAACUCCGAGAUCCACCUCCCGAGCAGCGCAAGCUCCUUCUUCUCUCCCCACCACCACCACCAUGGCUCCGGAACUUUGCUCGUCUCGGGUCUCUACGGUACCGUCCUAACCUGCACCAACGUCUCCAUCUGA